AUGACAUAUGAUAUUGAAAAAGCUUAUGGUGUGACAGAGAUAGGUGAACUAACGUAUAAGGGCAAUUCUGCAUUAUCAAAGCCUUCGCAAGCUUCUAGGGGCGUAUAUGGAGGUAGUAUAGCUGCACAAGCUGUUUUGGUAGCCAUCAAGUCAUCUCCUGAUGGGUUUAGACCCCAUUCACUACAUUCCAGUUUUGUUAAGCCCGUGAGUCCAAAAGAACCGAUAAUUUGGAAGGUUCAGAUUAUCAGCAAUGGAAAGAACUUUUGCAACCGAACCAUUACAGGGACUCAAGGUAAUGAGAUCAAGUACUACGCUAACGUUUCGUUGACUAGAAAGAAUUCACUAAAAAGAGCCACUAUGGAGUAUGAGAACUACAAAGCGAAGCUAGAAAGGGGUGAUGAUGACGACGAUGAUGACGAUGAAGGUGUAGUACAAAAGCCAUUCGGUUUCCAAAGUCCAUACCAUAAAUGGUUCACUCCUGACUCGGUUAAUAAAUUGAAGGAGAUUCCGCUGGUAUUUAAUCAACUCAAAGUAUACCAUAAGUUUUCGCCAAAGUUUGUCGAUUUAGAUGCUACAAAAGAGGAGGAAUCUAUACCUCCAGCUGAAAGGAGUCUCUCUUUUUACACCAAGUUUGGUGAAGAAGGGGAAAUUUCUUAUGAUGAUGAUGCAUACAACUAUGUUGGAUUAGCUGUCUUGUCAGACACUGUUUUCCUCGCCAGUCUAGGAAGGGCUUUAAGACUACGUCACAUUGAUUUGCGUCAUGGGAUUCAUUACUUCUCUGUUUCUCUUGAUCACACCAUUUACUUCCAUGAUGAGGAUUUUGAUCCAAGGAAAUGGAUGAUGUUUUCGUUCAGAUAUCCGAGGUUAUCUAACGAUAGACUUUUAGUAGAAGGUGAGAUGUAUAACGAUAAAGGGGUCCAGGUUGCUACGGUUAUCCAAGAGGGAUUAGUGAAGUUAAACGGACUUGAGCAAGGUGCAAAAUUAUAA